AUCAAGGUUGCUUUAAUUCAAUUCCUAAGCAUUUACUUUGACUUUUAUCUGAUUCUAAAACCUAAUUGCAUUCUAGAAAAAAGAGUGGUUUACCUGAUAUAGAAAACACGGCAGUUACCUUGACCACAACAAGCGGCAAACUCCGUCAUCCCGAAAUUGUGUUCUUGUUGUCCGGUUUUAUAAUAUAAUUAUCGAAAUGAAGAUCGAAGAGGUGAAGAGCAGCGCGAAGUCUCAGAGGAUUUCUUCACACAGUCACAUCAAGGGUCUGGGACUCGAUGAAAACGGUGUCCCAAUCCAAAUGGCAGCCGGCCUCGUCGGCCAGGAAAGCGCAAGAGAAGCUGCAGGAAUUGUUGUAGAAAUGAUCAAAGCAAAGAAGAUGGCAGGGAGAGCUGUACUAAUGGCAGGACCUCCUGGUACUGGAAAAACCGCUAUAGCAUUGGCUAUGGCUCAUGAAUUAGGAAGCAAGGUGCCGUUUUGUCCAAUGGUUGGUUCAGAAGUGUUCAGUUCAGAAAUAAAAAAGACUGAAGUCCUUAUGGAAAAUUUCAGACGGGCAAUCGGUCUGAGGAUCAAAGAGACCAAAGAAGUUUACGAGGGUGAAGUCACAGAAUUGACUCCAAUUGAAACCGAAAAUCCAAUGGGCGGAUAUGGUAAAACUAUUUCUCACGUCAUCAUCGGCCUGAAAACGGCAAAAGGUACAAAACAAUUGAAGCUCGAGCCUAGUAUUAACGAAUCCCUUACAAAAGAGAAGGUCGAAGUUGGAGAUGUUAUCUACAUUGAAGCAAACAGUGGAGCUGUAAAAAGACAAGGAAGAAGUGAUACUUACGCUACUGAAUAUGAUUUAGAGGCAGAAGAAUAUGUACCUUUACCUAAAGGAGAUGUACACAAAAAGAAAGAAGUUAUUCAAGAUGUAACUCUUCAUGAUUUAGAUGUUGCAAACGCUAGGCCAGAAGGUGGUCAGGACAUCCUUUCAAUGAUGGGACAGUUGAUCAAAGCAAAGAAAACAGAAAUCACGGACAAAUUGAGAACUGAAAUAAACAAAGUUGUCAAUAAAUAUAUUGGGCAAGGCAUUGCUGAAUUAGUUCCGGGUGUAUUAUUUAUUGACGAAAUUCAUAUGUUAGAUAUUGAAACAUUUACAUAUCUCCAUCAGGCACUUGAAAGUUCGAUCGCACCGAUAGUAAUUUUUGCAACAAACCGUGGUCGUUGUGAAGUCAGGGGGACCGAAGAUCUGGUAUCUCCACAUGGGAUGCCACUUGAUCUGUUAGACAGGCUUCUUAUUAUCCGCACAUCGCCUUACAACAAGCAGGAAUUAACGCAGAUACUCAAAAUCAGAGCUCAGACCGAAAAGCUCAGCAUAGAACCGGAUGCGUUGGCCGAACUCAGCAACAUUGGGACAAGAGCUACACUCAGAUUUGCCGUUCAGCUUCUUACACCUGCAAACCUAAUGGCCAAAGUUAAUGGUAGGACAUCUAUAACUAAAGAAGAUGUGAUCGAUGUCUCCUCUCUCUUCCUCGAUGCUAAGUCAAGCAGCAAAAUUUUAUCCCAAGACAAAGAUGCAUUCAUGAAAUAAGAGAAUCAUAACUGAAAAUUAAAUUUCUUUAUGCAUUGUA